GGAAGUCCAGGAGCCACUCUCAGGGAACAGCCUUCAAGUUCAACAGGGCACGCCAGCUCUCUCCCCGGCAGAGAAAGGACCAGCAAGAGGACCAGGAAGGAGAGGGAGAACCGAAACUCCUCGAAACAGAAAGACUCCGCAGACCAGAACAUGGAGGGAAACUUCCAGGCGUGCAGGAACUGCAAAAGAAGCGGGGCCCCUGGCCACUUGGCCCUCCCUGGGGCCCACUGUCUGCACUUCAAGGUCCUCUGUCCGGAGUGCAAGGAACCGAUGGAAGAGCACAGCGGGGGCGGGCACCAGCAGGCGAAUGGGUCCAGCCAAGGCAAGGGAGUCCCUGUUUCAGGAAAGGUAAAAUUUUCCCUCGAGAUGUGUCAAGAGGAGAAACAGGAAAGGAGAGCUCUAGAAGGCACUCAUGGCCAAGGCUGGUCAAAGGUGGGGUGCGCAGCGUGUCAGCAGAGCCUGCCGAAGCACUUGCUGGAGAUUCAAGAGGCCAAGGAAUGCCAGGAGCGCCCCGUUGAGUGCCAGUUCUGUGAGCUGGCCGUGCGCCUCAACAAGGUGGACAUCCACGAGCACCCCUGCGGCAGGCGGACGGAGGUCUGCCCAGACUGCGGCCAGCGCAUCGUGCUCCACAUGCUGGCCCGGCACAGAGACGAGUGCUGCGGUGAGCAGACCCGGCUCCAGAAAGGGAAGAGAAUUCCAGCUCCUGAAAGCAACAUCUGCUGUCAUUAUUGCAACCAAAUGAUCCCAGGAAAUAAGUAUUUCCACCAUGUGGACAGAUGCCGUCCAAUCUCAGACUCUGUGACAUAUUCUCCAGUUGGGAAACCAGAUAUUCCUCCUUCAUCCCUUUCAAGUCAGGCUGCUGAAGAUCAAACUUCCACAGCAGAGAAAGACGUCCGUCCAAAGACGAAAAAUACAAGCAGAUUUCGCCUUCUUUCUGAAAAGUCAACGCGGCAAGCACCAAGAGGCACAAACAAAACCACGGAUCUGCCUUUGAAGUCUGAUGGCAAGCUCAGGGGCUCCUCUCCUGUAGAAGACGAGACAGCCUAUGACAUUCUGAGGAGGUGUUCUCAGUGUGGCAUCGUACUUCCCCUGCCAACCCUAACCCAACAUCAGGAGAAAUGCUGGUGGUUAGCUUCAUCAAAAGGAAAACAAGCGAGAAGUUCCAGCUAGCUUUGGAAAAGAAAAGAAGAAAAGGUUUGGAUUCUGUUUUCCUCCUUUUGAGCCGAGAUGUUGGUUUCCCCAAGAGCUCCAGAUAAACCAGAAGAAAAAAGGGCUCUGACUCUUCUGCCUGAGAAUUCUGAUCAAGCGUCUAGGCUCCACACAGCCUGGACACCUUAGGGAACCCAGCUUUGUCCCCGAAGAAUAAAAAAGCCCUCCCUGAAAA